CAUCCUGUAUAAUGGCAAUAAAGAGAAAAUGGAAACCGGUACAUAAACCUACCAGUUAACCGCAGCCGAGUUCAAAAUACCGAGGAUUUUGAGAAAACAGCGGUGGCAUUCGACGUGGGGAUUUUAACCCUCUUCCAAAAGCAGUGCUGAGCGGAAUAAGACCCCUGUGCGGCAGUGUAAAGAUGGAGUUGAGGGGAGUCUGUUGUGUGUUGUUGACCUGUCUAUUCUACACGUCCUCUGCUGACAAAGAUUUCUUCACUUCCAUCGGUCAGAUGACCGAUCUGCUGUACACAGAGAAGGACCUGGUCACCUCUCUGAAGGAUUACAUCAGAGCUGAGGAGGACAAACUAGAGCAGGUCAAAAAGUGGGCUGAGAAGCUGGAUGUGUUGUCGGCCACAGCCACUCAGGACCCAGAAGGCUUCCUGGGCCACCCGGUCAACGCCUUCAAGCUGAUGAAGAGGCUCAACACAGAGUGGGGAGAGCUGGAGAGCCUGGUUCUCAAGGACAUGUCUGAUGGGUUCAUCUCUAACCUGACCAUCCAGAGACAGUACUUCCCCAACGAUGACGACCAGACGGGGGCAGCCAAGGCCCUGAUGAGGCUUCAGGACACCUACCGGCUGGACACACACACCAUAUCCUCAGGAGAGCUUCCUGGAACCAAUAAGGAUGUCGCUAUGAGCCCUAUGACAGUGGAGGACUGCUUUGAGCUGGGGAAGAUCGCCUACUCUGAUGCCGACUACUACCACACAGAGCUGUGGAUGGAGCAGGCCCUGAAACAGCUGGACGGGGGAGAGGAGUCCACUGUGGACAUGGUAACCAUCCUGGACUACCUCAGCUACUCCAUCUACCAGCAGGGGGAGCUAGAGAGAGCCUUGGACUACACCAAGAGACUACUCAAAUUGGACUCUGCCCACCAGCGAGCCAACGGCAACCUGAAGUACUUUGAGUACCAGCUGGCCAAGCAGAACAAGGUGGAGGCGGAGGAGGGCCAGAAGGAGAAGGAGAAGAGAGAGAGGGAGAAGAGAGAGGCAUCUGACAAGAAGGGCAGACCUGCAGACUACCUGCCUGAGAGGAGGAAAUAUGAACAGCUGUGUCGCGGCGAAGGCAUCAAGAUGACCCCUCGUCGCCAGAGUCGUAUGUUCUGUCGUUACUCUGACAACAACCACCACCCCCUGUACGUGCUGGGUCCCGUCAAGCAGGAGGACGAGUGGGACCGCCCACGCAUCAUCCGUUACCACGACAUCCUCUCCAAUAGCGAGAUCGAGAAGGUUAAAGAGCUGGCCAAACCCAGGCUGCGCCGGGCCACCAUCUCCAACCCCAUUACUGGUGUGCUGGAGACCGCCCACUAUCGCAUCAGCAAGAGUGCAUGGCUAACCUCCUACGAAGAUCCAGUAGUGGACAAGAUAAACCAGCGCAUUGAGGACAUCACCGGCUUGAAUGUUAAGACUGCAGAGGAGCUACAGGUGGCAAAUUACGGCGUGGGCGGGCAAUACGAGCCCCACUUUGACUUUGGACGGAAAGAUGAACCGGAUGCAUUUAAGGAGCUGGGCACCGGGAACCGCAUCGCCACCUGGCUCAUUUACAUGAGUGACGUACCUUCAGGGGGAGCCACUGUCUUUACUGAUGUGGGAGCUGCAGUGUGGCCCAAAAAGGGAAGUGCAGUGUUCUGGUAUAACCUGUUUGCCAGUGGAGAGGGUGACUACAGCACGCGGCACGCAGCCUGCCCUGUCCUAGUGGGCAACAAGUGGGUGUCUAACAAGUGGAUGCACGAGCGAGGCCAGGAGUUCAGAAGACGUUGCACUCUGAACGAGUCAGAAUGAUCCAACGAAAUAAGCUUUUCUCCUCUCAUCCCUCUUCCUGGACCCUCCUGACUCUCGGCUCUGUGGGCUGUGAAGUGCCCUCUGACCUCUCGUCCUCCUCUCCAAAACUCAGUGUUCACUGAGGCUCUGGCUGCUCAUGUGAUGUCACAUGUAUUUGUAGUUGAAGUGUGUGUGAGUGGUUCACCAGUGGGUCCGAAGCGCUUCGCUCCCAGUCUGUGCCUUCUGUCAUGGGUUUUGCACACUCCGACUGCACAGCUGUCUUAACCUGAGGAACUUUUUUAAAAUUUCAUUCUCACCCUUAACAGGGACUUUGAUACAAGAUAUUAAGUUAAUUAGAGCAAGCAACACAGCUGCUUAUCCCGUUCAACUUCCAACACAUUGUUUUGGUGUGCCCUACUCUUUUUCUCUACCUGAAACACUCCUUUUAACCACCACUCCAAUCCCUUCCUCCACUCCUUUUAAACAUCACGCCAAUCCCUUCCUCCACUCCUUUUAAACAUCACGCCAAUCCCUUCCUCCACUCCGUUUAAACCAUCACG